AUGUGCUUGACGAUCAAAACUACAUCAAAAAUUAGGCUAAUUUAUAUUUGUUUCUUAGUAUAUAGAGUCCCAAAUAUUUGCCUGUGUAUUGAUAUAUCACAAUCCACGCCCACUCUACCACUUUGGACUUGGGAAUGUAUUCAUGAAAGAUGUUUACCACAAAAAGCAGUACAAAUAGCAAAAUUACAGUCUUUAGAAACAUGCAACAUGUUAUGCUCAUCUAUGCAGAUAUGGCCUCAACCCACAGGGUCUGUCAGUCUUUCCACAACAGCGGUUCCAGUUAGAGCCGAUUCAUUCCAAUUACAGUUAGUAAGCGCGUUAUCUAAAUCAGUACAUGAACAUAUACAAAAUGCCUUUCAAAUAUUCCGCGAAGACUUAAGCACUAUGGAAAGUAAAGUACGAGGGUUCGAAGAGUGGCGCAGUGUCACUGUCCGAAUAGCCGUCAACUUCAGUGGAGAUCCACGUAUGCGUCUUGACACCGAUGAAAGUUACAGUUUAUCACUACGACCUUCACCGGAAAGUGCCUUAUCCCUUACAGUGGAAAUUGUAGCUCACUCAUUUUGUGGCGCUCGACAUGCAUUGGAAACACUUCUGCAGUUAGUGUGGCUGGACACUUAUAUGGGAUCACUACUUAUGCUUGAAGCAGCGAAAGUUAAUGAUGCACCAAGAUUUCGAUAUCGUGGAUUAUUAGUGGACACGGCGCGCAAUUAUUUCCCGAUAAAAGAGCUAAUACAAAAUAUUGAUGCUAUGGCGGCUUCGAAACUCAAUACUUUCCAUUGGCAUAUGAGUGAUUCUCAAGCAUUUCCUUUGCAUAUUAAUAGUUUGCCACAGCUCGUUGAAUCCGGAGCACAUUCUUCUAGCGAUGUAUAUACUAUCGAAGAAAUAAGAGAUUUAGUGCGAAGAGCAAGAUUACGAGGAAUUCGAGUGUUAAUAGAAAUAGAUUCACCAGCUCAUGUUGGCCACGCCUGGAACUUUGGGCCAUCAAAGGGUCUAGGUGACUUAAUAUACUGUCUCAAUGAUGAACCUUGGAAAAGGUAUUGCAGCGAACCUCCCUGUGGACAGUUGAAUCCACGAAAUCCUCAUGUUUAUGACAUAUUGGCCCAUCUUUACAAGGAAAUCUUGCAAAUAACUGGUGUAGAUGAUAUAAUACAUUUAGGCGGUGAUGACAUGUCCGAACGAUGUUGGAAAGAACAUUUUUUCGACUCUGACCCAUUUAAUCUGUGGCUCGAAUACACUUAUUCAAUUUUAGAUCAUUUAGAAUCUGACAUGAUAAGGGGUAAGUUGCCUAAUCUUACAAUAUUUUGGCUGUCCCCACUUACUGAACGAUUUAAAUCACAUUUAAAAAAGCACAUUCAGAACAUAGGUAUCCAAAUUCGCUGCGUCGUGUGGUCUAAUAAACACCUUAGUGGCAUUCGUACAAUAAUGUCUCACGAAGACGCAUGGGAUUUGAACACUGGUUAUGGCAAGUGGUACGAAGAAAGCAAUGGUGCUCCUUAUAACUCAUGGCAACGCGUGUAUGAACAUCGACCGUGGCUAAAGCACUCUGCGGGUAUUGUUGAAGGUGGUGAAGCUACAGUUUGGUCUUCCAUACUGGCUGAAGGAAACCUAAUGACGCGCAUAUGGCCCAGAGCUGCUGCACUAGCAGAACGCCUGUGGACGGAUCGUCCGGAAGGUGCCACUCGCCCUGUACACGCAAGGCUGGAUGUUCAUCGAUCUCGACUUGUUGCACGCGGUUAUAAAGUACCACCGUUAUGGUCAAUGUGGUGUACACAUAACACGUACACGUGCGUUUAA